GUUUACGGUUCAGUUGCAUUCGCGGUUUGCCUCUACGUUCAUCAGGUUCAUCACCGGUCACAGCUGAAAGAUAGAAACAAAACAACGCGAUAACGCAGAGUUUACGUGAUUUAAAGACCCGAGUACGUUGCGAACAGCUUGGCGGAAUUGCGGUGGGACUUCUCGUAGGUGGAGGUACAAAUCGAUGAUUGACAAAGGUCAUUAAAGCUUUUUUAACGAACGGAAGACUAUGUUGGCUCUCAGAGCGAUACUCAUCGCCGAUCGUACCGCAAUCACCGUCUUCCGGCCGAUUUUAGUUCAGAAUAUCUUGAGUGGAAAGAGUUUCGUAACAUCUGUCAACCCCGAAGAGAGGAUGUCGUUCGAAGUUGAGAAACUUAUAUCGCUAUGUUGUACAGAGAAAUUUUUAACCAUGCCGGUAGAGGAAAAGCGAAAGUUGUAUAAGGGAACCGUGAACACGAUAGAUGCGAUUCCGACAUGGUUGGAAUACUGGAAUAAGAACAAAGGGAAUAUUGGUCUAAUGAACUUAGAAAGAGUUGAAAAAGUCGAUGAGGAACUAGCUAAGAAAGUAUCAAUUUGGCAAGGUGACAUAACAUCUCUCGAGAUAGAUGCAAUUGUGAAUGCCGCCAACUCGUCUCUUCUCGGUGGUGGCGGAGUUGAUGGGGCUAUCCACAGAGGCGCGGGGUCAAAUUUAAAGAGAGAGUGUGCCACUUUCGGAGGAUGUCAGGUCGGAGAGGCUAAAAUAACCGGGGGUUACAUGUUGCCUGCUAAAUAUAUCAUUCAUACGGUCGGCCCGCAAGGUGAAAAACCUGAAAAGUUGAGAGAAUGUUAUGAGAACAGUCUCGAGGUUGCCAAGGAAAAUCAGUUGCGCGUUAUUGCUUUCCCUUGCAUAUCAACGGGAAUUUACGGAUAUCCUCAAAGACCGGCAGCCAAAGUAGCUCUGUCUACAGUCAAGAAGUUCCUACUCGAUAACAAAGACGCAGUAGAUAGAGUGAUCUUCUGCCUAUUCCUGAAAUCUGACAAAGAGAUUUACGAGGAGUUGCUACAAAAAUAUUUUGCUAUCCAUUAGAUUAUGUUCCCAGACAUAUCCUCUAUUAUACAUGCUUUGAGAUGAGUCUCAAAACGAACGGAGCAAAACUGUAUCAGUGUACGCAUUGUCGAAUAAUAUUCGUAGAAAAAUA